AUGCUAUCAAAUUUUAUUGUAGACAGUACUAUAAUCUCACCAUUAGAUCUUCUUCAUUCCAGAACCAGAUCAACGAAACCAGCCGAAACGAUCGAGAGACACGAAUGUAUUUUUAUUCUCAUUUUUCUCCGUUUCAUGCAUGGCAAGAAGAAAAAGAAGAACAAGGAUUGUGAUGAUGAAGAGAUCGAAGAGGAAUCACAAGUCAAGAAGGUUCCCACAAGGGACGAACUUCUCAUGAAACUUGAAAAACUCAAAGUUGGAACUGAUGAGGAAUUUUAUGAUGGUGUUAUCGAUGAGAACGAUGAAAGCUGGAAUUCUGAAGAUUAUUCAUCAGACGAUGAAGAAGAAUGA